AUGGUGAUGACAGGGAGGCCCCACUUCACACUCCUGCCUUUUGUCUAGAUAACAGGGCCCUGGAGAAGCCUGUGGAUCCGAUAUGGGUACGAUCCCCGAAAAAACCCAGACGCCAAGAUUUAUCAAGUCCUUGAUUUCCGAAUCCGUUGUGGAAUGAAAUACGGUUACGCCCCAAGUGACAUGCCCGUCAAGGCCAAGCGCAGCACCUACAACUACAGCCUUCCCAUCACCGUCAAAAAGAUGCCCAGCCAGCCUGUCACCAUGCAUGACCUGAAGCAGGGCCUGGGCCCGUCGGGGAUGGCCGGCACGCGGAAAUCGACCUCCAACAAGUACAAGCUCAAGGACUCGGUCUACGUCUUCCGGGAGGGGGCCUUGCCACCCUAUCGACAGAUGUUCUACCAGUUAUGUGACUUGAACGUGGAAGAGUUGCAGAGGAUCAUUCACCGCAACGACGGGGCUGAGAACUGCUGCACGGAGCGAGAUGGCUGGUGCCUCCCCAAGACCAGUGAUGACCUGAGGGACACGAUGUCCCUCAUGAUCCGGCAGACCAUCCGCUCCAAGAGGCCUGGUGAGAGCGCUCAGGGUGAAGGGGGGCCCUGCUCUGGGACAGAGCAAGUAUCCCUAAAGGCCCUGCUCCCCAAGAAAUUACACCCAAGUGGAAUCAUCCCCCCGGGAGCCAGAUCUCCCAGGCUGCCUGCCUCUCCCUGGGUGGAGAGAGGCCCGGAGGGCAGGGCUGGAGCAGGGCUGGAGCAGGGCCGGCACAGGGCCGGAGCAGGGCCGGAGCAGGGCUGGUGCAGGGACAUGGACUGCGUGUGA